CACCUAGUCUCGGCGGAUCAGUUCUGAAAGUCAGCUAGCUACACCAUGGCGUCCAUGCAGAGGAGCCACGAGGAGCGCGCCCAGUCCGCGGCGCAGAAGGCGGCCGACGAGCUCCACGCGGCGAGGCGGGAGGAGGCGCCCGCCAGCCCCCGCGGCGGCGGCGGCGGCGGCGGCAUCCUGGGCAGCGUUCAGGAGAGCGCGCGCUCCGCCAUGGGCGCGGUCAAGGACACCUUCUCCGGCGGCGGCCGGGGCGGUACCACCACCACGCACGGCGGCGCCGCCGGAGACGGCGUGUCGGCUACCGCGGGAGACUACGCCGAGGAAGGGAAGGCGAAGGCCAGGGGCGUGGCGGACGCGGCGGCGGACAGGGCGCGCGGCGCCAUGGACGCGGCCGCGGACAAGGCGCGGGGCGCCAGGGACGCCGCGGCGGACAGGACCAAGCUGGGCGGCGACGAGCCCGAGGAGGAGGACGUGAUGCUGCGGGUGAAGGACGCGGACCAGAUGACGGGGCAGGCGUUCAACGACGUCGGCCCCAUGGGCGAGGAGGGCACCGGCAUGCCGCGGCGGCGGCGCUCCGGCUGAAGAAUGAAGUACUCGACCGGAGCAGGGGGGGAAGGCCGCCGGAGCUGAUGAGCUUGCUUGCCGCCAUCGUGCGGCGUGCUUAGCUUCUCAAUGUAUCCAAUCCAACCAGAACAAAUAAAGGGACGAUCGAGCGAGGCGUCGCGUCUCGAUCUCCAUCUCUCCCUCUCCCUCCCAUGAGCUUCACACAGCUGAAUCCGC